CUGAUAUCAUGCCACACCCGCACAUCUAUUCUAAAAUAACUACUUGGAAGAGGAAUUACGGUUCACUUAAGAUGAUGCUCAAUCACAGCGGCAUUGGCUUUAACUCAGACGGCAAGUACCGAAUUGAAUGUGAUGAUGAGCAAUGGGCACAUUUUGUCAAGAAGGACAAACAUGCCAAGUAUAUGAGGAACAAGUCUUGGCCCCAAUUUGAGGACUGGAAGGAGGUUUUUGGUACGGAUCGUGCCGAUGGGGAACGCGGGGUAGACCUUGGUGAAGCAGUUGGUAAAAUCUACGGGAGUAAAGCUGAAGUCGGGACUGAGGAUGGGAUAUCUCAGCACAUGACAUUGGAAGAGCUGUUUCCUGACGAAGUAUUCCCAGAAGGGGUCCUUCCCGAGAUGGUCGACGAGAGCCAAUCCGUUACCGAAGGUGGUUUGACUGCUGGCGCACCGGCUGGAACAGGGGAAGGGGGGGUGUCAGGCACUGCUGCAGCAGCGGGCGGGUCAGGAUCUGCAGCAACGGGCGGGUCAGGAUCUGGAUCUGGGGCAGCCAAAAAGGUGCCCAAAAAAGUUAUCAAAAAACGUAAAGUAGAAGACAAGAUGGACGGAAUAAUCACUCUAAUGGGUCAGAUUCACACUGACACAAACGAGCGCUUGAAAGAGAUUUCAAGUCGGAUUGGGUAUGAGUUCGAUCUUAGCACCAAGCGGACCGAGGUUUUUGAUCAGCUAAAAGGUAUUUCGGGGCUAACGCUUAAACUACAGUUCUAUGUGUCUAAGAAGCUUGUGAAAGAGCCUGAACUACUGGACAGGGAUUGCCCGAGACGGCUCGUGCAUCCUUUGUGUUUGAUCUUUUGGACACCGAUGGGAAGCUUUAAGACACAGCGGCAGGACAAAUGGGUAACUGGGCUUUUGUGUGUUGUCGAACUUAAUACCGUUGUUUCUUUUUGAUUAGUAUUACCUCGUUCUGGUUGAAUUCAGUGACCUUGUAUGUUAUAUUUUGACUGAAUGAGUUGUGGAUGAUAUUAGGAUCUGUGACAGUAUAUGCGUCGCCACAUCUCCUUAUCUUUUGUAGAUGGUUCUAACU